AUAAAGGAAUAUCUGAAAUUGGAUCCCCAAUGCAAAAUCAAAUCCAGGAGUUAGAAUCCAAUCCAAACCAGAAGUAUAGAAAGUAGAGGAAACCCACCUCUUCUUCCAACCCUCAAUCCACAAUCACAUAUUCAUAUUCCUUCUCUUUCGCCCCCAUUCUCAUCAUGGACUCUUCAACCCACAUCACACAACCCAUCUUCAGACUCCAAGAGCUGCCGCCACCUCCUCCUCCGCCGCCCCAUAACGACACCCAGUGAUAUGUCUCCACCGCCCCCGCCUCCCCCUCCGCCGAAGCCACCGCAGCAGGCGCCGAUCAGCAACUGCCACAGCAACCUCUGUAAGCACCUGCCCAAACCCACAUCGCUGCCUGAUCUGUUCUUCACUGCUCUCUCCCUCCUCUUCCUCUUCCCUUCCUCCCCUAAACCCCAGACCCUCUUUUCGAAGAUCUCCUCCCUCUCUUUCCCUCAAAACCCUCGUCGCUUUCUCAAAACCCCCACCAUGAUCUCACCCUCGAAUCCUAAACCCAUCACCCAGUUCUCAUCCCCGCAGUCUCUCACCGAUUGGCUCAAGCAUCGUCUCCCCUCCGACUCUUUCGCUUCUUGGGGGGUCAAGCCCGGCACCAAGAACGUCCACAAUCUCUGGCUUGAGCUCUCUGAGGGCGAAACCUCGCUCGCCGAUUCCAUUCCUCCUAUCCGUACAGUACGUGUCGUCACGGUUCGGAUUAUCAGCGAAGACAACCGAAUUCUCCUCGAGUCGCACCAGGAAUUGUCAGACGGCACAAUUCGGGAACGAUGCCGGCCCUUGUCGGAGAAAAUGAAGCCCGGCGAGACCCUUGAAUGCGCUGUUCAUCGGGCGGUUAAGGAAGAGCUAGGAUCGAUAAUUCAGGGCAAUGGGAAUGUGAGGAUUGUGCCCGGGUCGUAUGAGCAGAAGGUGGAGGAGAGGGUUUCGGCUUCCUACCCGGGUUUGCCGGCCUGUUAUGUGUUGCAUUCUGUGAAUGCGUGGGUCGAUGGAUUACCUGACGGAGAAUUUUGUACGGAAGAGGAAGAAUAUAGGGAUUGGAAUGGGAUGGGCAUUGCAGAGAUGGCCGUUUCUGUGAAAAGACAUUACUGGAAAUGGGUUGAUUUUGAUUCAGUGUGAUGUUUGAUGAUCUGGGUGGUGACUGAUCACCGUAAUAACCGAAACUUUUCUGAUGUUUAUGAAUGAGUUUGUAAUAUGAUUACAAUUAGUCAAAUGGCAUUUGAGAUGGGAAUGAUUGAAUUGCUUCAUUCAAUUUGAAGGGUCGUUGCUUUAAUCACUGAA